CACUUUUAGAUUGAUCAUCAUUGACAUGUUCAUGGUAUGUUCUGAAGUAUUUUGUACCACAUCAAUACAGUAUGAAACUUGCAAACAACUGAAUUUUCUACAUCAACAGUGUGUUCGAACCUAGAAUGAUCAGUUGUGCAAAUAGUCCCUGUCUUUUUCUGACUCCACGGGCACGCGAACAUGUGCUUGCGGGCACACGUAUCCACGUUCCCGAAAAAUGCGAAACACGUGACAUGGAAUGGUCCAAUCACAAUUUCGUAAUGUGCGCGCUCCCGGUCGAAACCUAACAGACCGAGGAAGAGCCGCCUGCAGACCCGCCAACGCACUGCCCGCUGCCUGGAUAGCAAUCCGUUUUCACAUUGGAAGUGAGGUCUCGGGGAAAAACUGCACAAUGUCUGAAGAGAAGCCAAAGGAAGGUGUGAAGACGGAGAACGACCAUAUUAAUCUUAAAGUAGCGGGUCAAGACGGGUCGGUCGUACAGUUCAAAAUCAAAAGGCACACUCCGCUCAGCAAGUUAAUGAAGGCAUACUGCGAACGACAGGGCUUGGCGAUUCGUCAGAUAAGGUUUAGGUUUGAUGGACAGCCAAUCAACGAGACGGAUACCCCUGCACAGUUGGAGAUGGAGGACGAAGACACAAUUGAUGUAUUUCAACAACAGACGGGAGGCUCCUUCUCCUAAGAGGACCAUGGACGAACCUCAGAGGACACAACCCCCGGAAGAGCGACUUCUUCUCUCAUUGUCAUUGUUUCUUUUGUUUUGGAUCCUUCCUUCUUCUACCUUCACCCAAACUGAAAGCUCUAUAAUUCAUUCAGGGAUAUUUCGUUGUGGCCAGAUCCUAACAUUGCCACCGUGUUCAAAAUGCUAAAGUAGUGUGUACUAUUUAUCUAGUAUGACAUGUUCCAGACACGAGCAAGCUGGCCCGCAGGGAAACACAAAGGGAGGUCCGUUAGCGAUGCCUAAGAUUAAUAUGAAAUCGCCCACUUAGUGUCUGUUUCUGUACCUGCGGUGAAACUCUGCGGUUCAGUAUACUGGGUGGAAGAGAGCUGAGAUAAAGAUAUGUUGGAUUUCCUAAAAUAUAUAUAUAUAUAUAUAUAUAUAUAUAUAUAUAUAUAUAUAUAUAAACGUAUACAUACAACUCAUGUUAGUCAUCUUUUAAGGAGCAACAGUCAAACUAAUGUCUGAUUUAUCCAUAUUCCAUUUUUAACUAUAGGAACAGAAGAGAAGUAUGUAUAUGGACACUUGACCUCAAUUAUGUCGCUCCCCUUGAGUGGAGUGAUAAUAAAGGAUGUUAAUGUAACCCGGACCAAAAAUGCUACGUGAAUAGCUUUCCGAAUGAAGCAGUAUAGUGUCAGGGUGUUCGAUCCCACUACUUAAAGGCUUUACGUCACGUUGGAGCAGGGAUAAGUUCACUUGUGUUUUCAUGCCCCCUCAGUCCUUUGGCCAUAAAAAAAAAAGGGAAUUCCCCCCCCCCCCCCCAGUGUCCAAGUCCUCUAUCCGCAACAGGCUUCAUUCACUAAAAUCUAAGUUGUUCACAUGAUCGGCUACAUUACAACCUAAUCAUUGAGGCAUUGCUCUUUUUAGUAGUUCUUGAGUUCUUUGUCAAGACAUUACUGGCACACUGAUCUGACCGAUGGCUGAGGCCGGACUGGCCUUCAGAGGCUGGGGGGAAUUGGUUAACAUCUUUCACAGAUAAUUGUACAUUUUCUUUUUGUUGUCCUUUUACUGUGUACAAUAAAUAUAGUUUGGUACUUA